AUGGCGCCUCCUUAUCGGAAUGAUAAAUUUCCUUCGGGAUCAGCUCGUCGACCCUUUCCUUCGCGUAACGAUCGCGAUGGCCGCAUGUAUGAUGAUCGCUCUCGCUCUCGAUCGCCAGAUCGUGCACGCUCGCCUCCUGGAAGACUAGCAGCCGAUAGCAGACUCGAGUACCCGAGAGACCGAGAGUCUGGACAAAACUACCGAAGCAAUGAUCGAGAUGAUUAUCGCCGUCGGGAUUCACGCUCAUCUCCUCAUAGAGGCAGAAACACGUACAAAGACCGCGACCGAGAGGGCUAUCGAAGCGGAAGCGGCAAUCGAAGUCGAAGUCGCCAGUCCAAUAUGGUGCAGGUCAGCCGAGAAAUCAUGAUGGAAGGACUUCCGGUGAACAUCACAGAAAACGAUAUCUCAGCUGAACUCAGUGCCUUUCAUGCCGACGGCCUGGAAGAUAUCCGGGUCAUUCGUGAUCGACAGACGAAGGUGUCGCGGCAAAUAGGCUUCCUACGAUUUUCUUCGAUUGACGCAUCACGCUCAUUCUUCGAACGCAACCACCCUUCCAUAUUCCUUUACGGUCCCAACGAGAAAAGCACCAAAGUGCGCAUUACUUACACCCGCGAGAGGGAAGACCGAGCUCGUGCAAAAGGUGCAAGUGACUGGAACUGCAGAAAGUGUCUCGUUCUCAACUUCUCCACACGUUCACAUUGUUUCAAGUGCGGUACUCCACGGCCCACUCUCUCCAUCCAAGCAGAUAUGGAUCCUAUCGGCCCUCCUGGAAUUUCGGUUCUCAAGAUAGCUAAUGAUGGUGACAAUGAUGUCGCUCCUGAAAACCAGCCUUCCCAGUUCCUCCUAAUCCGUGGUCUGGAGGCGUCUGUUACAGAAGAGCUUCUUGCAAAAGGAGUUUCUAAGCUGUAUCGGCCAUCUGGAAAUAAUGACAGCGCCCCUGAUAAUCAGAAGAAGGGAUCAAAGGUUGCCUCGACGACUGGCGACAGCAACUUGGGAGCGCGCGAAGGCUCUCUUCGUCGUGUGCUCCUUGUACGUGAUCGCGAAACCAAUGCAAGCUGGCGUUACGGAUUCGCAGAAUUUGCGGGAAUUAAUGAUGCACAAGCUGCAAUGACGCGGCUCAAAUCUUUCGACAAAUUUACCAUCUCCUCAAAGCCGGUGUUGGUCACUUACAUUCACGGCGGAGUGUUUGUUCCAGUCAUGAACCCCUCAUCUGGUCCUAGCUACUACACAUUCAGCCCAUCCAACAACCCAUCGCUGCAGUUGAUGUACUGGGACGACGGAGCAUAUGUGACCGAACUCAUGCUUUCAAUCCCGGAAGACGAUGCGGCUGCCAACAAGACAAUUUCUAACCACGGAGACGCCCAAUCUAAGGGCACGAAGGACUCCGAUAAAGCAAGAAAGAGAAAAGCCGAUGCCACCGCCAGUGCCAAUGCCAAGAAACUUGCAAUGCCAACCCAGCUGAAAUUCUGGAGUGACCGCCAGGCAGAACUACAUGGAACCAACAGAGAUGCCGCUGGAAACCCCGCGGAGAGCUCAAGCUCCGCAACUGCGGUAACUGAAACGGCUGAUCCACCAGCUCCAUCAUUUGCAGACUUCAAAAAGAUCUGCUGCUUCUUGUGCAUGCAAUAUCUUAAGGAUGCAGAGCACCUCGAAUGCCACGAGCGCGAAAGUGACAUCCACAGGGAAAACCUGAAGGAUCUCUUCCUGAGGCAACGCGGCGUAUGCUGGAUGAUGAUCUAUGGUGUCAUACCCGUGCACUCUCCAAAUUACGAAGGCAGCACAGACGAAUAUCGUGAGAAACUUGAGCGAGAAUAUUCCCUCCCUCCAACACCUCGAUCCUUUGCAGACUUGAAGCGAAACUGGUGCCUCUUGUGCUUCAACAAGUUUGAUACAGCUGCAGAGCUCCUCACCCACGACCGCAUGAGUGAACACCACCGAAAGGAACUCACAAAGGAAGACGAGGUCAAGUGGGGCUUGGAACAGCUUAAGAAGGCGGGUAUCGCACAGGGGCCUCCAGAAUACCGAGACCGCGCCAAGGAGCGCCGCAAGGCGUUCGGUGAUGAUUCCAAUGCCCGUCAGAGACCCUCCGAGCCUGAGGAGGUAGAAGAGAGACCCGCGCAGACAACCUCGAUCGGCGCUACUCUUCUCAGCAAAAUGGGCUGGUCCGAGGGCUCUGGCCUCGGUGCUCAAGGGACUGGUGUGACCGCGCCAAUCCCCACUGAAAUUUAUGCCCAGGGUGUGGGACUGGGUGCCCAGGGAAGUCGACUGGGUGAGGCAACCGAAGAAGCUGGUCGAAACACCAGGGGUCGUUACGACGAAUUCCUGGCGAAGACCAAGGAUGCCGCACGCCAGCGCUACGAGGAGAUGGACCGUUCCUGA